GAGGGGCGCGGGGUGUUGUGGGGGAGUGGGAGAGUCAUGUGACUGUCACCUCAGCGCGAACGGCGUCACUUGGUGCCUGGAGAUGCCCCAGAAGCUUCGAGGCUGUUUCAGUCGCCUCUUCAGCCCACGAAACCGCUGAGCCGACCGACCGACUGACCGGGCAGCCCGGGCCGACAGGCAGGAGGGAGAGAUGAAGUUCGUACGCUUUCUGAUGAAGAACUCGUCUCUGGCCAACGUGCCGAGGCACAUCGACCAUUUCUCCAAGUUCUCUCCCUCGCCGCUGUCCAUCAAGCAGUUCCUGGACUUCGGCUCGACCAAUGCCUGCGAGAAGACUUCCUUUAUGUUCCUGAGGCAGGAGCUGCCUGUGAGACUCUCGAACAUUAUGAAGGAGAUCAACCUUCUCCCAGACCGGCUUCUCAGCACACCCUCCGUUCAGUUAGUCCAGAGCUGGUACAUACAAAGUCUUUUGGAUAUCCUUGAGUUCUACACCAAGAACGCUGAUGAUCAUACUGUUUUAUCUGGUUUCACAGAUGCAUUAAUUACAAUCCGGAACAGACACAAUGAUGUUGUUCCCACGAUGGCGCAGGGAGUCAUAGAGUACAAAGAAUCGUUUGGAGAAGACCACAUGACCAGUCAGAACGUGCAGUACUUCCUUGAUCGCUUCUACAUGAGCCGCAUUUCCAUUCGAAUGCUCAUCAACCAGCACACGCUCAUUUUUGAUGGCCGAACAAAUCCAGCUCAUCCUAAACACAUCGGUGGUAUUGAUCCGAACUGUAAGGUAGUAGAUGUUAUUAGAGAUGCAUAUGAAAGUGCCAAACUGCUCUGUGACCAGUAUUAUAUGGACUCUCCUGCACUAGAAACUGAUGAACACAACGCUGUCAACGGCUCCAACCAGCCGGUGUAUAUUGUUUAUGUGCCAUCGCAUCUCUACCACAUGCUGUUCGAACUUUUCAAAAAUGCUAUGAGAGCUACUGUGGAAAGUCAUGAAUCCAGUCCUCGUCUUCCUUCCAUCAAAGUAAGAGUUGCUCUGGGUGGAGAAGACGUCACAAUUAAGAUGAGCGACAAAGGUGGUGGUGUCCCCCUCAGUAAGAUAGAUCGAUUGUUCAGCUAUAUGUACACUACAGCUCCCACGCCAAACCUGGGCAGCUCAGGGGGAGCACCUUUGGCUGGUUUUGGCUAUGGGCUGCCUAUUUCACGACUGUACGCUAAGUACUUCCAGGGAGACCUGCAGCUCUAUUCGAUGGAAGGCUAUGGGACUGAUGCUGUCAUUUACCUAAAGGCUUUAUCUAAAGAUUCUGUGGAGAGGCUGCCGGUCUAUAACAAAUCUGCGUGGCGGCACUACCAACACAUCCAGGAAGCUGAUGACUGGUGCGUCCCCAGCAGCGAUCCAAAGAACAUGGCUGUGGACAAAGUCCAGCAGUGAAUCAAAGACCAUUGAGCUCAAGGCAAUGGAAGCGAGCAAAGUAACUGAGAUGCCCAGUUUGCACUUUAAGGUGCAGCUGAAAGUGGUUUAAUUUGACUGUCGGCCACAACGUUCGAUCUUAGAAGACAUCGUGGUUCUUUACAAAGUAAAAUAGUGGGAAUUUCAGUAGUGAAGAAUCAUCUAAAAUCAUUAGCCUGGAGGUGGUUCAUAACAACAAACUUUUUGCCCCCCUUUUUGCCCUAAAAUUGUUACCAAAAUGAUGGUGGAGGGGGGAAAAGUAAAUUAAAGUGGCACUGUAAAUCUAGAAGCUGUUUUAAGCUUCAGAAGCUGUCAGAAUUUGGAGCCAGCUAAGAAUCUAGGAGGUAAGGAUUGCAGGUUAUAAGCAUAAAAUGUGGCUUAAAGGCAAAGUGACUGCUGAAAGACUGUACCAUUUAAUGAAACACAGCCAAAGGAAUUAGAGUGAUUGUUCCAGUGAUUGCAAAGAAGAAGGAAAAUGAAACGAAAUUAGACAAAUUACCAGUUUGGUAUUUGAACCAGAAUCUUAAGAAAUUCUGCAAUAAGAUAUGAGAUUUAAAGUGCUACUCGCAAACCAUUUUAAAUGUAUUUCUCUGUAAAACUUUUGAUUCUGUGAUUUUAAAAUGUGGCUCGCCCUUCACAUAUGGUUAAGUUGCCCUGAAACUGUGAAUUAAACCUCAAUAAUUGAGAACCUAUUUUUAGCCAUGUUAACAAGUCGAUUCCACAAGUGACUGACAUUUUUUAAAAAUCUGUACACUAUAUAUAUGUAUGUAUGUGGGUAUUCAUUGUAUGGAUGUGUCUAAGCAUUUAUGAACUAAAUGUAAAACUAUCAAAGUUCUUUGAAGUAACAGAAUGUGAAGUAAUUUGCCUUUCAGAUUAUUGAGCUUCGAGUAAGCUUCAGCGUUAGCUGGUGUUAGCGUCUUGGCCUUUUGUUGCAAUCGUAUUAGUUGUUUUUUUUGAAAGGUUGAUUUACAAACAACUUUAUGAAG